AUGGGUGGUGGUAUUGUAGUGUCGACGACAGCCUUUGUGCCUACACAAGAAGAUCCUCUAACAAUGGCGGCAAGAUUCAGGAGGAACAAGAAGAAGGGAGGAUACGUUAGUGCUUGCUAUCGUUGUAUCAGAAAACGCAAGGAACAUCCUGGGAGAGCAAACACAGGAGGAAUGCAGUAUCACGCGAUUCUUUUUGAUAAAUAUCUUUCUAGUUACAUUGGGAAAGUGGGUAUGAGGUAUUUUAACAAACGUCAGAACUUGAUUAAGAAGAAAGGAAACUAUGUCGAGAAUCAAGUGUUUGAUAAAAGUUCUCACAUAAAUGAGAUUGAGCUGCAAUGUAGAUUUGAUAACAAGGAAUCCUUAGUGGUUCAUAUUGAUGGCCGAAACUGUGGAGUGCUUAAUGAGACUGAGAAAUUUGUCCUUAAAGAGAUCUUGACUGUUGAAUCUGAAAAAUCAGUUGAUGGGAAAGAGAAUAUGUAA